AUGGCGCCGCUAUACGCCGUCGCGUUUCGACCGAAAUCCGUCGCGGCGGGCGCGCGGCGGCUGGCUCGACUCGCGCCGCCGCACGUCCGGCACCAGGCUGGCGUCGUCGUGCUAAGUUGGCUGCUCGUCGUGACGAGUGGGAGAGCGCGCCGCGCGGAGAAGCUGUUCGAAUACCCGGCGUAUUUCGCGUGGGAAGUCGGCGCGGCGUGGACGGUCGUCGCGUUCGCGUUCGUCGCGGCGUGCUCGGCGCUUUCGUUCUCGACCCUGAAUCGCGAUGAGCUCGCGGAGGAAACCGACGACGAGCACGAGAACGACUUGGUGGAGGAGCGAUCCUCGACGCCGACGACGCCGCGAAGACGACUCACCGGCGCGAUCGGCGAGCGAAGGACGGAGACGCCUUUGCGCUCGACGGAGAAGCGACGGACCGGGUGGCGGCGGGUGAUCACCAACCGACGCGCCGGGACGCUCCCCGCGGCGUUCAUCGCGGUGGCGUCAGCGUGCGCGUAUCUCGGCGUGCGCACCUACCCCGCGUUCGCGAUGUUCAGUAACCUCGCGAUCGAGGGCGGGAGGACGAAUCACUGGAUCGCGCUCCACGUGUUGCCCAAAGCGCUGACGUGGACGGCACCCGAUGCUGACGUGGACGUGUCGACGCUCGGGAACUACUACGGCGCGCACGUCGGGAUCGUCGUAUUAGACACCGACGUCGACGCGUUGAAAACCGCGCAGGUGAACCUCGCGCCGUUGCUUCCAACGCACGCGAAGGAGGCGUUACGUCGCGCGGGCGCGGACCUGGACUUUCACAUCACCCCCCCGCCCGGGUCAUGGCCGUACGGUCCCACGGAGGAGACGUUCCGGCCGUUCGCGCUGCCGCUCGCGGAGGCUCGUCGUCGCGUCGCCGGCGUCGUCGGCGGGAGAUCGCCCGGGGACGGCUUCGUGACGUACCGGUGGGUCGCGGGCGGUCGCGUCGUCGGCGCGACGAAGACGAUGAAGGUGGCGGGCGGGAAGGCGAGAGGCGGGGAUGAGGUCUUGGCGAGGCCCUUGCCGCGGUGGCGAGCGUGGUUGCACCGGUAUCGGUCGUUCUCCUUGGACGAGUCGCCGUGUCGGCAUUAG